AUGUUCUAUAAAUAUUUGUUUUUCUUCUUUUUAUUUCUUAUUAAUAAUAGUUAUGAAUGUGAUAUAUGGAAAGCAGCUGAUUGUCCACAAGGACCAUCAAAAGAUGAUGAAAAUUUAAUGAAAUCUCAAUUAUAUACUGAAGAACAAUUACUUGCUUAUUGUGAUUCUGGUAAAGCAUUUGCUGAUUGUGUCAAUGAACAUUUACUUUGUUGUGAUAUGCGUACUGAAUAUGCAGCAGCAUUAGCAUCACUUGACAUUCAACUUAAACGUAAUGCAUUACGUGUUGGAAAAUAUUGUACAGAUUUUAAUGAAACAAAUCCAAUACAAUAUAAAUGUCGUACAACAUUAAGAACAAUACCAGGUACAAGAUAUCGUUCAACAACUGCAGCAACACCUGUGUGUAAUUUAGAAAAAGCUGGAAAACAAUGUAGUCCAAUUAUUGAAAAUCGUGUUCGUUUUGAUCGUCGAUGGUCGGCACAAGAAAAAGUAAAAUGGUGUAAAGAUGUUUAUGAAUAUCAUACAUGUGCAUUAUCAUAUAUAACAAAUUGUACAAUAACUCCUGUUGCUGGUGAUGUCGCUCAAUUGACUGUUUUCUUAGAUUAUAUUGAAAAAUCUGCCAAUCGUGAAUGUCCAGGUGGUCUAUUUGGUUGUACAGAAAAAUCGAACGAUGAUUCUCGUUGUCAAGAUAAAAUCAGUUUUUUUCUUGAAAAAAAUGCAUUAGCUAAUGAAACGACAAUGAUACAAAUAUCACGGUUGACAUUACAUUUCGUGGUUUUUAUAUUUUAUGAUUUCAUCAAACCAGAAAUAUGGUUUUUUUCUCACUGA